GCAUUAUCCUCCCCUUCAUACGCCCAGUGUAAUAAUAUAUUGACACAUGAGUUAUAUUCCUCCCGCAGUGAUGAACCCCUUUCACUGUCCCGACUGCGGGAAAAGCUUCAAGCUACCCAGUGACCUGCAGAGGCACCAGCGGGUUCACACCAUGGACAGACCGUUCACCUGCUCCGUGUGCGGAAAGCGAUACACCCACUUAUCCCACUUGCUGAUCCAUCAACGGGUUCACACCGGGGAGAGGCCGUUCAUCUGCCUGGAGUGUGGGAAAGGAUUCACUCGCUCGUCCACCCUGGUGACGCACCGGAGGGUUCACACCGGGGAGAGACCGUACAUCUGUACCGAGUGCGGUAAGAGUUUCAUUCGAUCGUCCAACUUGGUAAUACACCGGCGCAUUCACACCGGGGAGCGGCCGUUCAUCUGCACCCAGUGUGGGAAAGGAUUCACUCAGUCGUCUGACUUGGUGAUACACCAGCGGGUACACAGCGGGGAGAAACCGUUCAUCUGCUCCGACUGUGGCAAGGGAUUUAUCCGGACGUCUGCCCUGGUGAUUCACCAGCGUCUUCAUUCGGGAGAGAAGCCGUUCAUCUGCUCCCAGUGUGGGAAGGGGUUCAUCAGGUCGUCGGACCUCGUGACGCAUCAGCGAAUUCACACCGGGGAGAAACCGUUCACCUGCCCCGUAUGUAGAAAGGGUUUCAUUCAGUCGUCUGACUUGCGAAGACACCAGCGAAUCCACACCGUGCAGAGGCCGUACAUCUGCCCCCAGUGUGGGGAAGGUUAUAUUUACUCAUCCAGCCUGAUGACUGAGCCGCAGCAAGUUCACGCAGAGGAGAACCCGUUCACUGGCACAGACUGUGGGCAAGGGAUUCACUCAGUCAUCCAACCUCUUGACACCUGAGCGGAUUCACAGCGGGGCGAGGCCUUUCAGCUGCUCCGAGUGUGGGAAGCGAUUUGGUUGGUCAUCUAGUCUAUAGACCCACCAUCGACUUCACACCAAGGAUUUCACACUGGGAAGAGGCCGUUCACCAGCUCUGAGUGUGGGGAGGGAUUCACUCGGUCAUGCCGCCCGCUGAAACGCCAGUAAAUCUACUGCAGGGAGUAGCUAGGCACUUGCUCCAAGCGUGGUGUGAGAUUUACUUGGUUAUCCAAGCUGCUGAAAUCCCAGCGAAUAUGCCGCAUGUGAAAUAGUUGAAUAUCGCAGCCACUGUGACACCAACAGAUGUUGGUAUCUGCAGUUGGUAAGAAUUAGGUUAGAAUUCUAGUUAUCGUUAGUGCCAUAAGACAUGUAAGCAGAAUUAGGCUAUUAUGCCCAUCUAGUCUGCUCCACCAAUCAAUCAUGGCUUAUCUACUUUUCCCUCCCUACCCCAUUCUCCUGCCUUCUCCCCGUAACCUUUGA